CGGAGAUAUGAGAAUUUAUAAAGGUAAAGCUCACAUCGGGACAGUUCCCGAGACUUGUAUUGCGUAGAUGGCCCAUCUUGGUUUCUCGAACUGCUAUUUCAUAAAGAAAUUGUUGGUAUGAUAAAUUGCUCGUAACUAUAUGGCGAGUCGUGAUAUAGAACUAGAGGCUUUUGCCCACCCGACUCCAAGGGUCGGUGCGUCGACAAUAGCAGUCGAAGAGCUAAAUCAGCAGAACGAAUUACAGCCCGAAGGAGAAAGACAAGAGUUCUCAUUACCACCUGUCGAUGGUGGUAAAGAUGCAUGGCUUUUCCUAGCAGCAUGCUGGGCGAUUGAAGCACUCGUAUGGGGAUUCCCAUUUGCCUUCGGGGUAUUCCAGGACUACUAUAGCACGCAUGAGCCUUUCGCAGGCUCGCCAAAUAUCACAAUCAUUGGUACUUGCGCGAUGGGUAUCAUGUAUCUCACCGCGCCUUUAAUGAUGGGGCUAUGUCGCCUCUUUACCAAAUGGGCUCGAUAUACGUCUAUAAUUGGCUUGCUUACUAUGUGCCUCUCGCUUGCAAUGAGCUCGUUUUCGACGACGGUCCCGCAACUCAUCGCUACCCAAGGAAUUCUUUACGCCAUCGGUGGUACGGUCGCGUACUCUCCUUGUAUUGUGUAUCUAGAUGAAUGGUUCGUGCAACGUAAAGGCUUAGCGUAUGGCAUUAUGUGGUCAGGUACAGGACUCGCUGGAGUCGUAUUACCUCUUCUCUUAGAAUGGCUACUUCAUUCUUUUGGGUUCAGGACGACACUGAGACUCUGGGCUGGCUUGGUUUUCGUACUGGCGGCUCCUUUGGCAUGGUUCAUCAAACCACGCUUACCUCACUCGGCAACGAGCCAUAUGAAGCCAUUCGACUUGAAGCUGCUUAUGAUCCCGGCUUUCUGGCUAUACCAGCUAGCAAAUGUCGUGGAAGCGACGGGAUACUUCUUGCCGGGAAUUUAUCUCCCUACUUAUGCCCGCAGCGCCUUCGGCACGGCUUCGUACAGUUCAGUGACCACGAUCCUUCUGGUAAACAUUGCUGCCGUCUUCGGGUCUGUAACCAUGGGAUGGCUCAUCGAUCGCCUCCAUGUCACAACAUGCAUACUAUUAUCGACCAUUGGUGCAACUAUUGGUGCCUUGGUUAUAUGGGGAUUGUCAUCAUCCCUUCCACUUCUGUACUUCUUUUGCGUCGUAUAUGGUCUAUUUGCAGGAUCGUACACCUCUGCAUGGCCUGGUAUUAUGGGCGACAUCGUCCGCAAAGGAGAAGCAACAGGCCAGGGCUAUAUAGACCCGAGUAUGGUUUUUGGUUGGCUUUCUGCAGGUCGGGGCAUCGGCAAUGUAGUGUCAGGCCCAUUAAGUGAGAGUCUAAUGCAGGGUCUUCCAUGGAAAGGAGAUACGGCGGCCUUUGGUUAUGGUAGCGGCUAUGGCAGCCUCAUCGUAUUCACUGGAGUUACAGCUUUUCUAGGAGGUGCGAGUUUUGUCUGGAGAAGAUUGGGUUUAUUGUGAACAUGGCUGCAUGGUGGCUUUUGAUAAGUCAUAUAUUUUGUCUGUUUGAGCGUCAUGGGAUAGUUGGGGUUGUACAAGGAAAAAGUAAUAUUCUUAUUAUUGGAGAUCGAUAGAGGUAAAGGUACGUAAUUGAGCUGAUAGGCACACGAUUUAGUGCUGCGUGCGACCUCGGGAAUGUCACUACCUGCAUUAGAUAAGACAUAUUUUCAAAUCGAGCAAAUUUGAUUGGCGAA